GGGGGCACACAUAGGUGCUGCCUCGGGGGGGCUGGGGGCGAGGUGUGUCCCCAAUGUCGCCUGCAGGGUGCCGGCACGGAAUGGGGGAGGCGAGUGACAACGACAGCGGGAUCAUGCUGCUCUCGGGCCCGGCCAGCCCGGUGCCCCCCCCGAAGGAGCGGGUACAGGCGGGGCGGCGGCAGCAGCAGGCACUGGAGGCGCGGCUCGAGGGCUGCGUGCAGGAACUGCGACGGCUCUGCCUGCGGGAGGCGGAGCUGACAGGGACGCUGCCCCGCGAGUACCCCCUGAAGGCCGGGGAGAAGCCCCCCAAGGUGCGGCGCCGGAUCGGGGCUGCCUUCAAGCUGGAUGAGAUCGUUGUCCUGCAUGGAGUGGACCCCCUGGAGCGGGAGCGGGCGCUGCAGCUGCGGAUCGCCGAGGCCUCUCGCCGCCUGUGCCACGAGCAGAACAUCGGGCGGCGCCUGCGGAAGAGGCGACAAACGGCGGCGCUGCGGGAGGAGCAGAAGCUGCGCGACCUGGAGCAGGUCCUGAGCCAGCGGCGCCUCCUGACCGGGCAGAGGAACACGGGCACUGCCCACGAAUUCAGCGGCUCCGAGGAGAGCUCCCUGUCUGACACGGGCCUGCUGGAGGAGGAGGACACACGGCCACCAGGACCUGCCACCCCACGGAGGUCCCCAUCCCCUGAGGACGCCACUGAGGAGGAGGAGGAGGAGGAGGGGUCGGGACCACCCCCAUCCUCCCCCAACCUCUGGCGGGAGACCAGCCUGGACAGACCCUAUGAGAGGGGCAGAAAUCCUGGAAUAAACCCUGGGAAUGGGGAAACCCAGAGCUCCCGGUGCUACCUGGGGUCCCCCCCAGCCACCCCCGGCAGCCCCAACCCUGCAGCCCCCCCGGGGGCCAGGCCAGGGGACCCUCCCUACCGGUUUGUCCCCAUGAGGACCCUGGUGCUGUGCCGGCAGGGGGGAUCCAGUGCUCCUGGCAGCCCAGAGACACCGGCACGGAGGGGACAGAGCCAGGCCCGGAGGAUGGAUCCAUGUCCUUCUCCCAGGGUGGAUACCUCUCCUUUCCCCAGGAUGGAUCCCUGUCCCCUCCACAGGUUGGAUUCGCCCUGGCCACCCCUGGAGCCCCGGGGCCGCCCCCCCGGGCCCCGCCGCCGCCCCCCGCACUGCGCGGUGUCAUUCCCACCACCCGCGGGACCCUCGUUCCUCUCGGGAUCGGCCGAGAGCAUGUCCAGCGUGUCCAGCGCGUCCCGCGCGCCCUCCCCGGGAGGCUCCGGCCCCGACGGGUCCCUCACCGCGUCCCUGCCCCUGCCCGGGCCGCGCCCGCGGGGCCCCCCCCGGGUCCAGCCGCCCCCCCCGGGGCUCCUGUUGGAGCAGGACCUGGCCCCGCUGCGGUACCAGCGCCUCGUGCCCUCCCACUCCCGCAUCGUCCGGACCCCCUCGCUCAAGGACUACGGCGGGGCCCGGGGGCUCUCCCGCGCCGCCGUCACCGAGGAACUCCGCUCGUGGCACCAGCGCGCGCGGCUGCGGGGGGCGCGACCGCACUCCCUGGACAGGGAGGGGGCCCUCGGGAGACCCCCCGGAGGGACCCCCGGGGACGGACCCCUCGCCCGGGCCGUGCUCUCGCGAGUCCAGGCCCCCCCUGUGCUGCGGCGCUCGGUGCCCGGGGUGCCCGUGCAGCUCUAUGUGCCUGAGAAUGGCGAGAUCGUCACACAAGUGUGAGCAGAGCCCCCAGCCCGGGCUGGGGGGCACAGCCUGGCUGGCCCAGGGACCCCCCACCCCGAUGUGGGGACACGGGGGGGAGGCACAGUGGGGUGGCACGGACUGGCCCCCACCCCGCGUGGCCUCAGUGGCACCGGCACCGCAGUGCUGAUGGUGACACUGGUGACACUGUGACCCCGGUGCUGAUGGUGACACUGUGACCCCAAUGCUGAUGGUGACACCAUCACCCUGAUGGUGACAGUGACACCUUGACCGUGGUGCUGAUGGUGACACUGUGACCCCAGUGUCACCACGAUCCUCAGUUUGGGGUUCUGGUCUCUAAUAAAGGUGGGGUUUUGGGAUGUGU